CAGUCCGACGACGUCCUGCGCGGGAGCGGAAAACGUGUUUCCGACUGUGUUUUCCUGUUGAAAAAUUGCUUCAACAUCACUUUGCCGCGAUAAGACGAAUAUCUGACCUUCCCAAACACGUCUGAAUAAGCUAGAGCUUGGUAAUACAUUUAGCAUGGCUCGAGACUGGAAACCUGGUGAUCUGAUCUUUGCCAAGAUGAAGGGAUAUCCACACUGGCCUGCAAGAAUCGAUGAAGUUCCUGAUGGAGCUGUGAAACCAUCAAACAUCAAGUUUCCGAUCUUCUUCUUUGGCACCCAUGAAACAGCGUUUCUUGGCCCCAAAGAUAUUUUCCCCUACCUGCCAAACAAAGACAAGUAUGCCAAGCCCAACAAGAGGAAAGGCUUCAAUGAAGGAUUGUGGGAGAUUGAAAAUAACCCAAAAGUUGAACUCACCGCACCCAAGCCGGUCCCUCCAGCUUCUUUUACUGAGAAGAUAGCUGACACAAGCACAGAGGGAGAGGAGGAAGCAGAAGACAAGGGGACAAAAUCUAAGGUUCCAGCAGGAAGUGAGGCUGAGCAGGAGAAAGAGAAUAAGGAGGAGGAGGAAGGGUCUGUGGUCACUGAGCAGGGUCCUCAGAACCAGGAUGGCUCGGCACAGCAAGAUUCCAUUGAUGCUCCUAAACCCAAGAGAGGACGAAAGAAAAAGAGUGAAGCUGACCCAGAGACUGAGAAAGAAGAUGCUCCUGCAAGUCCCAUUAGUGCCACAGGUGGAGAACUCCCCAAAAAAAGAGGAAGAAAGCCCAAGAAUGAGAAGAUGCUUUUGCUCCAGCAACGGGAACAGCAAAGCUCAGGAAAUGAAAUAGACACUGCUGAGUCAGACAGAAAGAGGAAGAGGGCGACAGAGGACAAGUCAAAGGGUGCAGAGGAGGAGAAGAAGAAGAAGGAGGAAAGCAAAGGAAAGGAUGCAGAAGGGAAGGAGCCUGAAGCCAAGAAGAAGAAGCAGUCUAAGGAGGAAGGCUCUUCAGCCUCUGACGAUGAAGAGAAAAACAAAGGCAGAAAGAAAAACCAAAACUCAGAAAUGGAAAAGGAUGUGCGGCGGAAAAAAGCAGAUGAACUCAGAGAGUCAAACAAAGAUGAUGGGAAGAAGAAUGAAGAAAAGACAGGAGCCAAGAAAAAAGAGAUAUCCACUGACUCCAAACUCCAGAAACUUCACAGUGAAAUCAAGAUUUCACUGAAAAUUGACAACCCUGAUGUAAAGAAGUGUUUGGACGCUUUAGAUGAGAUUGGCACCCUUCAAGUCACAACCCAGCACCUGCAGAAGCACAGUGAACUCAUCGCCACACUCAAAAAGAUCCGCAGGUUCAAGGCCAGCCAGGACAUCAUGGACAAGGCCACCAUGCUGUAUAACAAGUUUAAGAGCAUGUUUCUGGUGGGUGAAGGUGACUGUGUGCUCAGCCAGGUGCUCAACAAGUCUUUAGCUGAACAGCGGCAGCAUGAGGAGGCCAAGAAAGGAGCGCUGAAGAAAGUAGAACAAGCCAAGGAAAACAACCCAGACAAGAUGACAAAUGGUGAUACGAGCCCCGAAGGGAAGAAACAGGAGACGGAGAAGGCACUUGAGGACACAACGGUUGGAGAAAAUCACAGCGCCCCCAAGGUCCAGGAAGAGUCCACUUGAGUUUUCUACAUAAGGAACAGGGAUAAAACUGCUGCUCUACCUUAAAAACUUUAGUCCAAACUGCGAUCUCCUGCCUGGUUCUAUCUGAGGAGGACCGAUGAUCAGUGUUUUCCAGUUUACUGACUUUGUUGAAGUUGCUGCUUGAAGGUUUCAGUUCAUCAAACCUGUCACUACCUGACACAAAGACCGACCAAUUUUAUUUUCCUUUGCAGACAUCUUGGGAUCUUACUGAACAUUCUCACAAAGACAGCAUCAGUUGAUCCUGUUUUACAACUGAAAUAGAUGGGUUUUCAUGCCAUCAGUCAUUCCUAGGUCCUUUAGUUGCUUUGACUUUAAUAAUGGACUGAAUUAAAUCACUGUAGUUUUAUAGUGUGAUGCACCAUGUUUACUAAUAUUGGUUGCACAAAUGCUUUUGUCACUCAGAUGCACAACAAAAAUCUGAAGUUUGCCAAAGUUUUUCUUUCUAGAUAUCUUCAUUUUAACCAUGUUUAUGUCUCUUUUUUAAAACUUGUUUUUGUUUUUAACAUAGAUGUAAAUAAGAGUAUUUUUGUGCCUGUCUGUAAACCGUAUACAGCAUCCUAUAAUAAAGUAGUACAUUCAGUAUCUUAA